UGUCUUUUUCCUCCAUACUCCGACGCCUCUAGUCUCUCUCUCUCUCUCUGCGUCUCUUCGCUUCUCCUUCCUCGCCGCUGUUCGUACCACCGUUUACGAAGCUACUCCGUCGAAUCAGCGUGUAAAAGGAACCCUUUUUUUUUUAGAGAGAACGAGAUUGAUUCUAUUUCAGCUCUCAGAUUCUGCAGCUGAUGAAGGCGGCUUUGCAUUUCGUCUGCUCACUUGAAUUCUGGAGAAUGGCUCUGUUUUGGACCAUUGCCCUUAUUCUCUCUUACUUGCAAUUGCUUAAAAGAAGGGUCUUUAGUCCAAGAACUGGUUCACCUUCUUGCCGCAUUCGUUCAUCGACUGGUUCUCUUAGACCCAUUUGUGUUAUCACUGGUGCUACCUCUGGCAUUGGAAAGGCUGCUGCUUUUGCUCUUUCAAGAGAAGGUUUCUACGUUGUUCUUGUUGGGCGGUCUUCUCACUCAGCAUCACAGACCUUGAGCGAGAUUAAGAACCAGAACAAGGAUGCCCAUCUUAAAGCUUUCGAAGUCGAUAUGUCAUCUUUUCCAUCGAUUUUGAAGUUUAGAAACUCGCUGCAACAAUGGCUUUCUGACUCGAACAUGCAUCCAUCUAUCCAACUUUUGGUGAACAAUGCCGGGAUACUUGCAAUGUCCAGUCGGCUCACCACUGAAGGCUAUGACGAGAUGAUUGCCACGAACUAUAUUGGUGCAUUCUUUUUCACCAAACUUCUUUUACCUCUUCUCAAAACAAGCCCUGUUCCUGCGCGGGUUGUGAAUGUCACGUCUUUUACCCAUCGAUAUGCUUUUGCGAAGAGGUUUGACAAGGAGACCGUAACUGGAGUAUCCUUUUUGAGAUCAAAGCAGUACCCGUGUGCUCAGAUCUAUGAGUAUUCUAAAUUGUGCCUGCUUCUGUUCACGUGCGAGUUGCACAGACAGCUCCGCCUUACAGACGAUUCACUUCAUAUCUCUGUUGUUGCAGCGGAUCCUGGAUCAGUAAAAACAAACAUAAUGCGUGAAGUUCCUCGGCACCUCGCUCUAAUGGCGUUCUGCAUUCUGAAGCUCGUCCGUAUGCUGCAGUCCCCCGAGGAUGGAGUUAAAUCUAUCAUAGAUGCCGCUUUAGCACCACCAGGAACGUCAGGCCGAUACUUCUUCGGGGGAAACGGUAGGACCAUCGACUCGUCGGUGAUUUCCCGUGACCCGAAACUUGCGGAGGAACUAUGGAACACAUCAUGUGAUAUACUCCAUGACUCACAAUUCGCAGCAAAGGAAACAAACGCUUGAGGAGUUGAAGUUGAAGAAGAAGACCACCGUUAAAGCUGAAUGUUAGUUCUCUGCUUGGUAACAUAAACAGGAAUGAAGUGAGCUUUCAAACGAAGAUGGUAAGACAUCAUCUUUGAUGUUUCAGACAGGAAACCAAAGAAGCCAUUGAUGACGUGUUUGGUUCUUUUUCUGGUACUGGACAGCUUCAACUGAUGAGUUUAUGAAUUAUUCUCCU